AUGAAUCUACUAAAGCAUCUAUUUCCCAAAAAAGUUCAUAAAAUAGGCUUAUUCUGGCUCACAAUUGCUUUUUUCAGGUUGAAUUUAGCCCAAGUGGUUCAUGAUUCAGCAGAACUUGAGGCCCUGAAGCAAGGUUCGCAGGUUAUUCUUCUCAGACACGCUAAUUCUGAGUAUAAUUUUGAAUAUGGUAAAAUGAGUUUAAGGAACUAUUCAAUCGAAGACGAGAGGAUAUUAAGAGUCCGGAAGGAUCUAAGGGACGCUCCCUUGUCAGAUCUAGGCCUACAACAGUGAAAAGAAGCUCAACCAAUGGCCAAUAGGUUGGAUGUAGGGUAUGUAUUUGUUUCACCUAUGAAGAGAGCUCUCGAAACUGCAUACAACGUAUUUUUAAGCCACCCUAAUUUUGAUAAUAUCAAAUUUAUUGUUCUGCCUAUGUUGAAGGAAGCAAUUGAUACUACUUGUGACAUACCUAUGAAUAUUAAAGAUACUAUCUCGGAUUACCGCAAUAAAUUUAAGAAGUUCGAUACUUCUGAGGUUGAAAAGUACUCAGACCAAGAACACUACUUUUUAAGAGACAUCGAUCUAGAAUUUUCUAAAAAAAUCUCGACUUCAAAAAUAUACGACCCCAGUGACCCUAUCGGUUCUAAUGCUUAUGAUCUUCUCUUGGAUGAAAUUGACCGUAACUACCCGAAUAAAAUUGAAAAAGACCUCAACAUUCUUAAAAGAGUUGCUUUAGCUAAGAAUCAUAUUAAAGAAUUUAUAACCACCACUUCUCCCGGUGACGAUUCAAAAAUUAUCCUUGUCGGACACAGCUAUUAUUUCAAAAUGUGGACAGCCCAAUGGGAAAAUCCGCUUUCUUCCUACGGUAAUGACCUUCCCCCACCCUCUAAAUCUACCUUCCUCCAAAACUGACAGUUCUUCUCUGACAACGCAAGCUUUCCCAGCACGACGCGUCCAACUCCAUAACCCCAUGCUUUCUUUAAGUAAGCCUGGAACAACACAGAAUUA